AUGCCGAUAUUCGGGACGUCCCAAGACGGCACCAAGGUGAUUUUGUUUUCGGGUUUCCGCUACUAUCAACACUUAUUUGGGCAGGCGAGGGAUUCCAAGAAAAGAAAAUGGCGGUGUAUUGUCCACGGCUAUGGACCAUUUAUAGCACAUUCAAAGCGUGGGAACCCAAUACUAGUUCUUAAAGGCUACAGGUACUCUCUCAAAGUGACGAAGCGCUUCGAUAAGACGGUUAUCAGGAGAUGGCAAUGCUCCACCCACACAAACCGGGGAUGCCUGGCCACCAUCAUAACUCAUGACCAGCAUAUCGUUAAGAUGAAAAAUGAGCACAACCACGUGCAAAGACACAUCAUUUUCGAGACGACAACUUCAAGAGGCACGUCGGCCUUAUCCAUAGAUGGCUUCGAAUAUGUACAACAAUACAAGAAUAACGUCGCAGGUGUUAUAAAGAUACGAUGGCAAUGCACUAAACGCAGUUUGGGAUGUAAAGCUAGUGUACAUACUGUAGAUGUUGAAUACAUACGAUCAAUUCGGGGUAAACCGUUAAUCAAACAUGAAGAUUAUACAUAUCAUCUUACUUCGGAGGUCGGUUUGAAAGCAAGAUGGCGUUGUUCAACACACAACAAUAGAGGCUGCAAUGCAACAAUUGUUAUGGUCAACGGACUGAUUGUAUCAAGGACUGGUCCCCACACUCAUUUACCUUCAAAUCAGAGCAAACAACUUUAG